AUACAACACCACGAUACCCCAGGCCAUUUAGCGGCGUUUACAGUUGUACGGAGUGAUGCAAUUGGGUGGCAUGUCGGUGUUUCCCGCCCCAAAUUCACCGACUCUGGUACUAAUCGAUAGCUACCCGCCUCUGUUUUCUGUUUUGGCAGUUCGUUAAUUGAAUCUUGCGAUUCAUCUCGUCAUCCCAAUCCAUACCUCAAUUAAUACCUACAUCCAACCAACUAGAAUAGCCCAAAGUCUAGGGCCUCGCUAUCACUUCUAUUCACCUACAAGAAUCCAUACUCCACAAACCCAACCCCAGCCUCGCUGUUCCACAAAGAACACCCCCCACCGCGACCAUGGAUUUCGCAUCCCUCAUGUCCGCCGAGCUCGCCAAAGCGUCUCCCAAACCCAACAACGACGACAAAUCCUCCUCCUCCUCCUCCAAGAAAUACAUCCGCCGCUCCGAAGCCGAAGCCCAGCGCGAAGCCUCCUACCGCGCAGAGCAAAAGGCGCUCGAAGAGAAACGCGCAGCCAAAGCCGCCGAGAAGCGCAAGCGCGAAGAGGAAGCCGUAGAAGAGGCGCGGGUGCGCGAGGACAAGCGACGGCGGCUAGAAGAAGAGACACGGCGGCGUCGCGAGGAAGCCGCGGCCGAAGAGGAGCGGCUGCGUAGGAAACGGCUCGGAUUACCCGAGCUACCGACCGAGGACGCCAGCAACGGCAGUCGAGAAGGAAGCGAAGCCGCGGACGGGGAGGAGGACAUUCCGGACGAAGAGCUAGUGGCGAAGCUGCGGGAGCUGGGACACCCGGCGACGCUGUUCGGGGAGACGCAUCGGGGGCGGCUGAGGCGGUACCGCAAGUUGACGACGGUGGUGACGUCGGGGCCGAUCCCGACGACGCUGCGGCUUGUCGACGAGAAGGACAUGAAGAUCUCGGAUGCGAUACCCCAGGAUCGCCCCGGACGGGUCUACUUGUUCCGCCAGCUGGCGUCGUACUUCACGAUGGUGCUGCGGGAGUGGGAGGUGGCGCUCGCGCGCGAGGAAGGGACGCGUGAUACGUUUGCCGGGAAAGCGGCUGUCAAUGCGAUGGUGUCGAGUCGCGAGAACAUGGUGCCGCUGUUUCGCAAGUUCGAGAAGGGAGAGCUGGACGACGACGUGCUGAAGCCUGUUGUCGAGAUCGUGAAGGCGGCUCAGGAGCGCCGAUACGUCGACGCUAAUGAUGGGUACCUACGCCUAAGUAUCGGUAAGGCGGCGUGGCCGAUCGGAGUCACCAUGGUGGGUAUCCACGAGCGUAGCGCUCGAGAAAAACUGCACGAUGGCGAGAGGGGACAUAUCAUGAGUGACGAGGUUACGAGGAAGUACUUGCAGAGCAUCAAGAGGUGUCUUACGUUCGCGCAGGUGCGGUGGCCCCCGGAGGAUAUUAGACAACUCAUGGGAUGAUUUGGGAGAAUAGAACUUAAUAUGUUCGUAAGCUAUUCCUAGCAAUGGGUAUUCGUGAAUUUCAUUUCCCUGCCAAAGAUAUCUAGUC